GCGCAGCCUGCCGCCACAGCAUCGAGCACGGAGCGAACACAGCCGUGGCUAUUCAAAGCAUAUUCCCUGAUAAAGCUUUUUUUAUGUGGACUCGUAUGAAGAAGAGAAGGCAGUUGGGAUGCUGAGAUAGCGCGGGAUGCUGCGGGGUGAAAAAAUCGUGGGAGGAAGGCUCAGCUUGAACCAGCGGGCGGUGAUAAGCGAAUGGCUUCUCCGGAGUUGCUUCCAGCAGAUGAGGGAGGCAAACAGUCUGACACUCCCGACGUCCUUGACCGAGUUUGCAGCGCGCUGCAUGUCCGCAAGUCGGGCGGAUCAACAGGAGGAGCGCUCCCGGGGGAGGCUGGCUGUAACCCGGCCCGCAGCUGCCAUGGCCGGUGUCUUUCAGCACCAAGGACGGCGCCGCGCAAGGGGGGCGCGGAGCUUAAACUCGGUCACCUCGGCGAGGAGAAAGUCCGAGUUUGUUGCGACGAGGAAUUAGAGACAUCUUUCACCUACAUCGAUGAGAAUGUUAACCUGCGACUGGCCAGCCCCGACACCAGUUGUAGAAGUGCUCUCAGACCCGUGCGCAACGGCGAGCCUUGCUCCGAGACGUUACCGGAGCUUUCCUUCAUGUCCGAGGAUGAUCUCUCCUUCGCGGAGGGCUCUGGAAGUUCUAUAGACUACGGCUUUAUCAGUGCGGUCACGUUCUUGGUGACUGGGAUCUCCUUGGUGAUCAUCUCCUACGCAGUGCCUCGGGAUGUGGUGGUGGACCGUGACAGCGUGUCAGCGAGGGAGAUGGAGAAGCUGGAGAUGGAGAGCGCCCGGAUAGGUGCCCACCUGGAUCGGUGCGUCAUAGCGGGACUGUGCCUGCUCACGCUGGGUGGCGUGGUGCUCUCCACGCUGCUGAUGAUCUCCAUGUGGAAGGGGGAAAUGUACAGGAGAAAGGUCAUUGCUUAUUCCAAGCGCUCCGCCAAACUGUACGGCUCUAUCAGCCUGAAAACUAGAUCCAGCCCCAGCCACUCAUCAGUUCACUUGUCCCUGGAGGAGGAAAUGGAGGAAACUUUGACUUAAAAUGCUGCUUUGCAUAUAAAACUUUUGUGUAUAACCAAGGAAUUAAUGCCAUUCACACACAUUCUCUAACAUAGCCUAAAACUGUAUCAUACAUUCAAAAUGUAAGUCUGCAACAUUUGUGUCCUGUAGAAAUAGAUCAAAUGUAUCAUGUAUCCACAGGCAGGCAGAAUCGACGAGAAAAGCACUCUGAUGAAAGUGAGCAAUAGCAAGAAAAACACCAGGUGGUGUCAAAUUGUUCUCAAAUGAUUCAAAAUGGCACCACACCAUAAAAGUGAGCUUUGUGUCACAAACACUGGUUCAUGGUUUUUUUUUUUUGUACACAGGACACAGUGUCUGAAAGCCCUCCAUUUAUUAUUGAGGCUAUUCAUAUUUAAUGUGAAUGUUUCCAACAGCAAAAUUGUGCAGAGACACAUUUCAGGAAGUAAGGCAAAUGUGUGUCCCCAGGGCAGGAGAGUGGGAGUAAGGAGGGAUUUAUAGCUGUCUCUGUCCACUGUGAUGUGGGAGAAUCAGCUCACUGGUCCACAUGGUAAUAUCCAGUGACAGUCCCUCUCUGGUGCAGUGCUGAGGUAAGCCAGUAAGCCUGGCAUCGUGCAUCUGAGCCAAAGCUCCACGUCGGUUUGAUUGUACUGAACAAUUUGACUGCAUUCGACAGUGCUGACAUGCACUGUGCACCCUCCUCGGCUCUCUGUUGAUCCUCUCUGCUCCUCUUCCCCUUCAUCCUCCCUAGUCCUCUCUGCCUCAGGAGACUUUUUUUUCCUCCUGCACAGCCUAUUGCUCUCUUCAGCCUAUGAACACUACAUAAGUGUGUGGGAAGGGUCUUGGACGACCACAUCCAAGUGCCUGUGACAUUUCAAGGUUGAUCUGCCUUUCCUUACCUGUCUCUUUUCCCUUCUCUCUCUCUCUCUCUCUCUCUCUACGUGAGGAUGGACUUAGGAACACCUAAUCACACAUGAAAGAGUUGCCCUACUUCCAAAACCUUAAGCCAUCACUACUUCAAAGCGCAAAUUACCUCUCCAAAGUGAGAUAUCAUUCUUUUUAAAAGGUCAUAUUUGAUGUUAUCAUGAUGAUUUGCUGACUAAAAAAAUUACAGGUGACACAAAGAGCUUAAGAAAAGAGGUUUAUCAUGUGCAAACUUGUUAAAAAUGUUAAUGCCCCAUUGAUCAGAUAACUCAGAGACCAACUUUCUUAUGUUGGUUGAGGAAGAUUUUAGUUUCUGUCUAAACUAAGUCCGUGUAAGAGCAACAUCUUGGGUUAUUAUUGCAGCUUGAAAAGACCCGCAGAGAAGGAUAAAGGAUGCCACGCAAUUCUCAUGAAAAACAAAGUCACUUUUUCAUGUAGGCUACCCUGUAAGGCUCAUAAAUCAUGCAUGAACCACUAGAAUUCCGGUGUAUUUGCAUAUAUCCACUUACACACAGCCGAACACUGCAUUCUGCAAGACACGUGCUAAUGAUUCUUAUGCAGUGUCAGUCUGUUACCUUGGUUUCUUGUCCUUUCAUUUCCCAGGGCUGUGUGACCCUAUUUCAAAGCUUACAUUCAAAACGACAUGAGUCAGCCUGUCUUAAUGAGAUGCGUAGGCUGAUUACUCUAUGGUAAACAGCUCCAGGCCACACCGUUGCUGCGCUUUCAUUCAGUUGCAUUGCCUCUGUGUGUGUACUGUCACUGCAUGUACAUGUAGUGAGUGGCAGUCAGUCAGUGCACAGACAGAUGGGCCAGGGUGUUUCAAGUGAAAAGACCGGAUCGCUGGAGUCUGAUAAGGUACUCAUUCAAAAAUCAUUUGCUGCAGCAAUGAACUAAUGCACGUCUGAGUCACUACAGCUUUUCAUUUUAUCUGCUCUUGACCACAGAGCUGACAGGCAUGUGUACAUCCCUGAAAAAACAACCAUUAUAUUUCGAAAUGGCAGUAAAAUGCCAAAUGAAGAGAUUUCCAGGAAGGGUAAUAAAAAUUAAUGAUCCAAAUGAG